GGGACGCUGACCCGCUCCCGGAGCUGGUCCACGCUGGUCCGGGUCUUUGUUCUGGGUCGGCGCGGGGACAUGCACGGCUGAGGAUGGAGGUGGAAGACUCGGGCGGCGUGGUGCUGACCGCCUACCACUCUCACGCGCGCUCGCAACCGCAGGGCUCAGAGCCGCGCUGCGCGCCCCGGGCCGCCGCCAGUCACCCGCUCAGCAGAAAAUCCAUUCCUCGCUGCCGAAGAAUUAACAGGAUGCUCUCCAACGAGUCCCUGCAUCCGCCUGCCUUCAUUCGCUCCAACUCUCAAGCCUCUGUCGACAGCAGCACAUCGGUGGAGGAGUUCUGGCCGGAAAUCGGGAGUAUCAAAGAGAGCAGUGUGGGGGCACAGGAGGAGCAGCCGCCCACCCCCGAGGCCAAGCCCGUGGAUGAAGGAGAACUUGAAGCAGAGUGGCUACAAGAUGUGGGACUGUCAACCCUGAUCUCUGGGAAUGAAGAGGAAGACGGCAAAGCCCUCCUGUCGACGCUGACUCGCACCCAAGCAGCUGCCGUGAAAAAGAGAUACAACACGUAUACCCAGACGCUGAGGAAGAAGAGCAAGCAACCCGUCAGGGAUGUUAGAGACGUCUUUGGAGUCAGCGAAUGUCCCUCCAGUGAUUCUUGUGACCGUGCUACUCAGUUGGACGGCACCAAGGAAGAAAAGGAGCUGCCAGGAGUUACCAAAACAAGUGGCCCUCUGCCAGAUGAUACUUCUCUCAACAGUACCACCCUAUCCAACGGUACCCGGGAUGAGGAAGGUAGUUUUGUGGACCUCCAGAGUGGCUCCGUGUCAAUCCUUGAGGCUAUCCCAGAUAUUCCCGUUCACACCAAUGGAUCUGCAGACUCUGAGCCGCCAGUCCUGAGAGCCUUGAGUGAUGAUGAUUAUCUAGAAAAGAACAUUCCGCCAGAGGCUGAAGAGCUGUCUUUUGAGGUGUCGUACUCAGAAAUGGUGACAGAGGCCCCAAACAGAAAUAAAUGGAAGAAGUCAGACAUUAAAAAAGAAGACUAUGCCUUAACUAAAUUUAUCAUUCAGAAAACCAGAUUUGGGUUGACCGAAACAGGAGACCUGUCUGCCGAAGACAUGAAGAAAAUUCGCCAUCUCUCUCUGAUUGAAUUGACGGCCUUCUUUGAUGCUUUCGGGAUACCACUGAAAAGAAAUAAGACGGAGAGGGGGAAAGGCCGAGACAGUGGAAUUUUCGGAGUGCCACUUACAGUCCUCCUGGACAAUGACCGCAAGAAGGACCCUGAAGUGAAAGUUCCCCUUGUGUUACAAAAAUUUUUUCAGAAAGUCGAGGAAUCGGGCCUGGAAUCAGAAGGAAUUUUUCGACUUUCCGGAUGUACUGCCAAAGUCAAGCAGUACCGCGAAGAACUGGAUGCCAGGUUCAAUGCUGACAAGUUCAAGUGGGACAAAAUGUGUCACCGGGAAGCUGCCGUGAUGCUGAAAGCAUUCUUCCGAGAACUCCCCACCUCCCUCUUCCCCGUCGAGUACAUACCUGCCUUCAUCACGCUGAUGGAAAGGGGGCCUCACAUCAAAGUGCAGUUUCAAGCCUUGCACCUCAUGGUCAUGGCCCUGCCUGACGCCAACAGGGACACAGCCCAGGCACUGAUGACGUUCUUCAAUAAAGUAAUUGCCAAUGAAUCAAAGAACCGCAUGAGCCUGUGGAACAUUUCUACGGUGAUGGCACCAAACUUGUUCUUCAGCAGAAGCAAGCACUCUGACUAUGAAGAAUUGCUGCUAGCCAACACCGCAGCCCACAUCAUCCGCCUGAUGCUGAGGUACCAGAAAAUUCUGUGGAAGGUGCCGUCUUUCUUGAUCACCCAAGUAAGAAGGAUGAAUGAAGCCACCAUGCUGUUGAAGAAGCAGCUCCCAAGUGUGAAGAAGCUGCUUAGGAGGAAGACCCUGGAGCGGGAGGUUUCAAGCCCCAAGACCUCAAAGGUACCACAAAAAUCACCUUCAAGAAGAAUGUCUGACGUGCCAGAAGGCGUCAUCAGGGUCCACGCUCCACUUCUGUCCAAAGUGUCCAUGGCCAUUCAGCUCAACAGUCAGACCAAAGCCAAAGACAUCCUGGCGAAAUUUCAGUAUGAGAGCAGUCAUGGUUCAUCUGAAUGUAUAAAGAUGCAGAACCAGAGGUUAUAUGAAGUUGGAGGAAACAUAGGACAACACUGUUUGGAUCCUGAUGCGUAUAUAUUGGAUGUGUAUCACGUUAAUCCUCAUGCAGAAUGGGUGAUUAAGCCCUCGCCAAGCCUUUAAAAUAUGCCGAAGAUGGCUCUUGCCUUGAUUAUAUGCCAAGAAGUUCCUGCAUUCAUGGGAAAAACCACACUGCCCCAAGGUAUUCCCUCCUGUAAUCCUGGUUCUCCUGAAGGGGCGGUGUCACCAGCUCUGUCAA